AAAAAUCGCUCAAUAGAGGACGAGACAGCAAGUAGAAUACAAGUCAUGCUGCGACUCUUUGCGCUAGCUUGCACUGCCACGAUCUUCCUAAUGAUUUCGAAUGUGAUAUCGUUGGACGAAUUGCACCACGAAGGGAUGGUGAGGAAGGUGGACAGUUCGUUUCAUAGGGAUUCGUCUUCUCUAUUCCUGUUUCAUCUACUUAAGCUAAAGAAGAAGAUUGAAAAGAUAGAGCAGGUGCCAACCACACCGCCAACUACGGAUUGCAUUUGCGUACCUUAUUAUCUCUGUAAUGCUAAUCGUACUAUAAUUACGGACGGCAUUGGGAUGAUAGAUAUUCGGUAUCGAAGAUGCACUGGGGAUUUAGAAGUAUGUUGUCGUCUACCAAAUGUAACAACCACCACCACCGCAAAGCCUACAACUAUGCGACCCACUACCAAGCCGACGACUACCACCAAGGCGACAACUACCACCAAGGCUCCGACCACAACCUCCACUCUUCCACCGGUGAUUUUUCCAACUACACAGCCCCAAGUUGUUCCAGUUUGCGUUUGCGUGCUUGCGUUUCAAUGUGAUCCAAACGGGAUCAUUGGCACAUCCGGAGAAGGAGUGAUAAAUCCUCGUUUGCAGUAUGUUCAUUGCCCCAGCAGCACCAUGGUCUGCUGCAGACCAACUAGCGUGAUCCAGUACCCUUACAAUCCUCCGGUUCCUUCCUCGCAAGUUUGUGUUUUAUGUGGAAGCAUGAUCCAGUGCAACAACGGGAUUGUGAUUCCUGUGAAUGUCGGAAUCGUGAAUCCCUUGGUGAAUUACGGCCAACAAACGUGCCCUAUACCCACCUCCUGCUGUCAAGGAAUAAACCCAACGUACGCAAACGGAAUUCCAGUGGUGGUCGGACCGAUCAGAAAUUCUGGAACACCUCAGGCCUGCUAUUGCAUGAGGAGCUGGUUAUGCUCGCCAGGAAACUCUGUUAGCCCAGAUGGGGCAGGUGUCAUCGAUCCAAGGUUUUCCUUGUGUGGAACUACAAACGAAGUUUGUUGUCGAGCCACUACAACAAGUAUAGCAAGAAGUAACGAUUUGCAAGGCUUAGGAGAGAGUAUAGUGAGCGGAGAGGCUACCUUCUCGCAGUCUGGUUGUGGUACACAGAAUAAAACGUAUGCGACAGCUAAACCUUAUCCCGCAGGGACAGGAAAAACGUAUUUCGCCGAGUUCCCAUGGAUGGUGGCUCUGUUAACAAAACAAGCGGAUGGCAAAUAUCUCUUUCAAUGUGGAGGAUCUAUGAUUACUAAUAAUGCUGUUCUUACAGCUGCGCAUUGCGUUACCAAUCUAGGAAACGAUAGACCGAUAGCACGUUUUGGUCAAUGGGAUUUGGCAACCCAGCCUGACGGCCAACCAGUGCCUUUUCAAGACGCGGACAUAAAAGCUAUAGUGACCCAUCCUCUCUUUUACAGUGAUGCUCUGUUUAAUGACAUAGCAGUGAUCAUUUUAAAUAAACCAGUAAAACAAAGUGUAAAUGUUGUCCCUGUUUGUAUACCGCAGCAGGGAUUGAUCUUUCCUACUGGUACUGGAUGCAUCGGUACCGGUUGGGGAAAGAACUCGUUUGACGGGACAUAUCAAACUGAGCUACGGAAAGUGGAACUCCCUAUCGUGGAUAGAACUGAUUGUCAAAAUCGACUCCGAACCACGAGAUUAGGACCUUAUUUUCAAUUACAUAGCUCAUUCAUAUGUGCAGGCGGUGAAGCAAAUAAGGAUACGUGUCAUGGAGAUGGCGGUGGACCGUUGGUAUGCCCCUCAGUUACAGGACAAUAUUUUCAGGUUGGUAUAAUAUCUUGGGGCAUCGGUUGCGGAUCAUCGAAUAUUCCUCUCGACUGCUGUGUGUGUAAACGAGGAAAUCUGGGCCCGAACGAACGAUCAUUGCGUUGCUAUCGUCGGUUCUGGAAAGAGUAUACGCAGCGUUGGAUACUUAAAAUCGAUUUACUGACCUCCAACAUCGCGAUGUGGAGAAUAUUGUUGACACUGUCGGUAGUCAGCUUUCCUCUGGCUGUGCCAGCCCCUCAAAAGGAUAACGGAAAAUUGGAUUCCUUGAUAACGAACGUAUUUGGAACACCAACUCCAGCUCCUGCUGCGGACCAGAAUUCAGGCUUGAAUUCUUUGAUUUCGGAGGUGUUUGGGACUCAAUCCACUACUACGGUAGCACCUGUUCUAGGCACGCAGAAUAGACCAAAGCAACCAACAGAUUGCGAAUGUGUGCCAUAUUAUCAGUGCCGAGACGGCAGCAUACUAGACGACGGAACAGGGCUGAUUGAUAUCAGGUCGGGCUUCGAUGAUGACACUUAUGUGCCAAGAGCCUUCGGUCCAUGCGCGAACUACCUGGAUGUCUGCUGUAAGGCACCAAAUAAGACGAAAGACAAUGAGAUAAUUACACCACCGCCGAUUGUGAGAAAAAGUUGUGGAGAAAGACAUCCCAAUGGCGUUGGUUUUCGAAUUACCGGUAACACCAAUAACGAAGCGCAAUUCGGUGAAUUCCCAUGGAUGGUGGCCAUAUUAAAGGACGAACCUAUCGGCGAGAAUAAUGCGAAAAUGAGUGUUUAUCAAUGCGGAGGUUCUUUAAUUCAUAGGCAGGCUGUUUUAACCGCUGCUCAUUGUGUGCAAGGAAGAAAACCGUCCGAAUUAAAAAUUCGUGCUGGAGAAUGGGACACCCAAACUAGGACUGAAGUCUUCCCCCAUCAGGAUCGCAAUGUGCAAAGUGUAAUCGUUCAUGAAAAGUUCUCUUCUGGUUCUCUUCACAACGAUUAUGCCAUCUUGAUUUUGUCUGAGCCAGUAAAUAUUACGGAGAACGUGGACGUCGUUUGCCUGCCAGAACGAAACACUGUAUUUGAUGGUUCGCGAUGCUUCGCUAGUGGUUGGGGAAAAGACAUAUUUGGUAAGGAGGGACACUACCAGGUAAUCUUGAAAAAGGUAGAGUUGCCGGUAAUGUCACUUGACCAAUGUCAGGAUAGACUUCGAACUACUAGAUUAGGAAAAUACUUUAUUCUUCACGAAAGCUUUAUAUGCGCUGGUGGAGAGGCUAACAAAGAUACUUGCAAGGGUGAUGGGGGAAGUCCACUUGUAUGUCCAAGUAAAAACAAUCCUGCAAUAUAUAUGCAAGCAGGUAUUGUAGCAUGGGGAAUUGGUUGCGGUGAGAACGCAAUUCCAGGUGUUUAUGCCAACGUUGCAUUCGCACGUUAUUGGAUCGAUGAACAAAUGGCAUUUAAUAAUUUGGAUAGUACCGUUUAUCAACCUUCAACAUAGACUGAUUGGUUUCUUAACUAUCUUAGAACUUUGUACGGAUAGAAAUCAAUGUCGUCUUUCUGCGAAGAGACUGCUGUAUUGCUUAUUAUGUCACUCUUGAAAUAAUAAUGUACCUAAAAUCUAGCUUUCGAACGAUAAUUUUUUUUUAAUAUUAAAAAUAAACAAAACUUUCUUCGAUUUUUAAAUAACUUGUCUAGUUUCAAGUAGU